AAUACCGCCCCCAUCUUCUUCUUCCCCCCUCCUUAAUUGCGCCCAUCUCUCGCUCUUCAAUCUUCAUCAGUCAUCACCCUCUCCCUUCUUCCUCCAUUCCUCAACAACCUUCUCCAGUUCUCCCUCUACACUUCGCUCUCGAAUCCAUCGACCGAGCUCCUUCAUCCACUCACUCGCUCCACUGCAUUCUUCGCCCUCCGUCUUCUGAUCCUCCGACCCCUAUGGGGAAGAAAAGCGGCGGCUUGGCCUCCAUCUUCUCCAGGCCCGCCUCUUCCCCGCCGCCGGCGUGGUCGUCCUGCUACGGCGACGCCCCGCAGACCGACUCCUUCCACGACCCCUGCAGCAGCAGCAGCAUCCGGUGCGCCGCCCCCGUCGCCGCGAGGCACCGCAAGCUGCUGCCUGUCGGUGCCGGGGCAGGGGAGAUGUACUACAAGACGGCCAACUCCGUCUACUUCGUCCCCGGCGACGGCGAGUCCUUCUUCGACGAGGAUGAGGAGGAAGGGGAGCAGGAGUUGGAGGUGGUGGAGGACGACGGGUUCUUGAUGGCGGCCGCGUCGGAGGAGGCCGUGAUCCGGCGGCUCGGCCGCACCACCUCCACCGGCGACCGCUUCUUCUUCGACCUCCAUGGCCCCGCAACCAGCUCCAUCCUCCCCUCCUCACCUGCGCCGGAGAAGAAGGAGCAGCAGCAAGAACAGAGCAUAAGAAGAAUGGCGUCUGCGGCGCCGGAGCCGGAGAAGAAGGGGGAGCAAGAGGAAGAGCAAGAGCAGAGAGCGGCGGCGGGGAGUCCGAGGAAGAGCGGCAAGGGGGCUUCGUGUUUGAUGGUGGAGGAGAGCGUGGCGGUGGCGGUGGAGUCGGCGGACCCGUACGGGGACUUCAGGGCGUCCAUGGAGGAGAUGGUGGCGGCCCACGGCGUCCGCGGCUGGGCCGACCUCCAGGAGCUCCUGACGUGGUACCUCCGCGUCAACGCCAAGCGCAACCACCCGCUCAUCGUCGCCGCCUUCGUCGACCUCCUCGUCCGCCUCGCCGGCGCCGCCGGAGCCGCCGAAGCCCCCGAGUCGAACACCUCGACGGCGACGAGCAGCGGCGCCAUUACCACCACUAGUGGUGCCACUGCCAGUAGCAGCAGCAGCAGCAGUUCGAGCUCGACCACGACGACGACGAGCACCACGGCAGCAGCAAUGGCGGGAUGCGGCGGCAGAGACGACGAAGCCGCCGCGUCCAGCAGCUCCUCGUCGUCGCCUUCCUGCGGCGGCCCGUAUGAGCACGGCGACGACGAGGCCGGCCGGGGGGAAGAAGAAGAAGAAGAAGAGUAGUUAGACCAAUGCAUUGUACACACAUCUAUCUUUCAAAAUCCAUGCUCAUUGACGCUAGUACUUCUCCGUUUAAAAUCCAUGCUUAUUGAUGCUAGUACUUGUACGUUUCACGAAGAUUAGCAUGGUUACUAGAAUUAGUUUAAAGUCACGUCAAUUUUUAUGAAACGGAGGGAAUAGUAAUCAGCAAUUAAUCUGCA